UUGGACAACAUGGGUGACAAAUUUAAGCAAAGCAGCGCAAGUUACUUUAAAUAUAGGGCUAGGAGUACAGAAGAAAGUCUUUACUUGUGCUUUGCUAUGCCAUGCUUACGUCUAACGUCAGAAGUAUACACUAUUCCACGCACCGUUUGUUCCAACUAAGUAUCAAAAAGGCGAACUUUGCUUUUUUGUGCCGUAUCAUUUUGAGAUGGCUUCACAAAGUGUUCGACAAAUAGCGAAGUUAAAUGAAAGCAAUGAAAAGUCAGGAAGACAAAGUCAACAGACCUUCCUUAGCGCGAACUCGUGUCACGUGGUGUGGGAUGGCCCAUCGAGCGAGCGCUGCAAGUCGGGCGGCGACGAGAGGACCGCGCCCGGCCAGGCGCCCGUCGACGUCGGCGGCAUCUCGUACUUGAUGGCGGCUGUGUUCAUCAUAGGCGAGAUCGCCGGCAGCGGGAUGCUGGCGCUGCCCUUCUCGGUGACGCAAACGGGAUGGGUAGGCGUGCUGGUGGUGCUGCUAGUCGGCUUCGGCUCGGCCUACUGCGGCAUGUGCUUGUCCCGGUCCUGGCUUAUUAUCGAGAGCCGCUACCCGGAGCUCAAGAGUCACUCCCAAAAGCCUUUCCCCGACAUCGCCGAGAAGGCGUUCGGGUCAUGCGGCCGGUGGGUCGGCAUCCUAGCGCUGGCCACCACCUCGCUGGCCUGGUUCUUUUCCAUGGUCCAGCUUUCCGUCUACUUUGACACCCUGCACAAGAAGGCCACCUUCCACCAGCCCGACUUCCUGACCUUCUUCCUGGGCAUCGGACCGAUCCUCUUCGCCUAUGGCGGCACCGCCACACUACCCACGAUCCAAAACGAUAUGAAGAGCCGAGAACUAUUCACGCGCUCCGUCAUCGUCGGAUACGCAGGUCUGAUAACGCUGUACGUUCUCAUCGCUGCGCUGGGUUACGCUGCCGCGGGUGACAGCGUAUCCUCCAACAUCCUGGACACGCUGAAGACGAGGACGCCCGGCAUGUUGCCGGUGGUGGCGGAAAUUCUCUUCCUGGUCCAUUUGUUGACGGCAUUCUUCGUCGUCAUCAACCCGUUCUUCCAACAAAUGGAGUCGGUGUUCCACGUGGCCGACAAGUUUGACCUGAGGCGGGUGCUGUUCCGCACGGCUCUGAUGGGACUGCUGGUGCUGGUGGGUGAGACCGUUCCCGACUUCGUGGACCUGCUGGGUCUGAUCGGCUCGUCCUGCGUGGCGAUUACGGGAUUCAUCCUGCCGUGCGCCAUGUACCUACGCCUGGUCGGCCAGACGGACCCCGCCGGCCGCUGGAGCGCAGAGGCGUUACCGGUUUGGGAGCGAGCCAUUCUGGUGACGCUCAUCGUCCUGGGGGUGGUGGUCGGGGCUACGUCAACAGUGAUGGCGAUGACCAACAUCAUCAAGCACGGCCUGGCCUCCUCCUGCCUGAUUUCUACCUGACGACUGCUUCCGUGGGCUUCACGCUACGACUCCCGUCCUCGAACGACAGCGCCGCCAUCCAACACCGUAGUGCGUCCGAGGCGACACCUCACGGCGUGGCAGAGAACUAUGCUGGCCGCCCAUGUCGGGCACGCGUGCAAACCGCACGCUUUGCCGCUAAAAGGCGCGCAAUGGUAGACGUCACUACACCAAUUUUUCAAUCAAAUCUUAUGAGCAUAUCAUCGCUCCAACACGGCACUGAUUGGCAUGCCAUAAUGUCAGAGCGCAAAUCAACACACGUCGCCGAGUGUCUACAACCUUCUCGCGGGUCAAAGCAUUUUUGUAUGCCUAAAUAUAUGCACUGCGUGACUCGUGGUGUUAUAUAUAAAUACCGGUAUAUUUUCAGUGCUAAGAGCAUUAUCCUACUCUGGUUUCCGUACACAUGACAGGUGGUACACAAUGGUCUAUCAGGGCAUACGUUCCUGUCGAAAACGUCGCUAGAUCGUAGGAAAAUCUUAUGAAGCCAUGACAUAUUUUCAUGACGCAAUUUGUAUUGCAUCCAGUCAUUCCGUUCCAGUCUAAAAAUUGUUUUUAAGUGGCAAGUGCAUUUUUUUCAAAGUUUGCAAGCAUGCUUAUAGAUCGUCAAGUUCUCAAGGAUUUGCGUGCUUAAAUGGUUACGAUGAGACAAAAGAUAUAAGCACAGAUUGGUAUAUUAACCUUACAUUCAACCUCAUUGGUAAAUAUCUUGCACAUGACACGUUUGAGCGGGUCAUUCAUUAUUCUGUAUAGAGGUCUAAUAAACCAACAGCGCAAAAAAGACAGGUGUAAUUAUUGCGAGGCGAAAAUGUCCCUGUUCAUCGACCACCUGUGUUCGUGGGUAAAAACAACGGAAGCGUUUAGACGUGAACGCGUUCAAAGUUUCAGGCCGCUGCGUUACCCUCUGAAGGUCGUACUUCUGCAUUCAAAGGGGUUCCAAGACAUUGGUUUCGUGGAAAAGACUC